GUACGCGUGUCCGUAUAGGUGCGCGUGGUGGAGCCGGAGCCGGAGCCGGAUCCGGAGCCGGAGUCGUGUUCCGGCUCCGACACGUCCGACUCGUCCGUGCGGCUCUCCGGGUCGCCGCACUCCUCAACCAGCAGGCCCUCCACCCCCACGCUCGACGACUGUACCUCGUACGUUACAUCAGCAUAUGUAUAUAUCAUAUUAUACUGUAUAUUGUCAAAGACAAGUCGCUACUCACCUUGUGGAAACAAAGCUAAGAGUUCACUCAUUAGUACAUUACAACUCGUUGCUAGUACAGCCAACAUGUGCCCUUUUUGUUAGCAAAUUUUUCAUAAAUAAAUAUUCGAUGAAAGGGUUUCAAGGUGUCGCCAUUUCUGAGGUCCCGGGUUCGAUUCCCGGUCGGGUCAAUGUAUAAAAUGAACUUUUCUAUAUUGACUCGGGUCUGGGUGUUGUGGUACCUUCGUUGUCUCAGAUAUUCCAUAAUACGGGGGCUUUAGCUACUCAUCUUGGAAUCUGAGCAAUGUAUGUGAUGUUGUUUAAUAUUUUUUUAUUUAUAUUUAUAUUUACAUGUGAUUAACGAAUGUAUUGUGUGUGUGUGUGUGUGUGUACAGUUCGUCGUCGUCUCAGUACUCGGACUGGGAGGCGGGACCUCCCGCGCGGGCCAGGAGACGACCGCUGCCCACCAGACGGUACAGUCCCAGUCCGCUGGCGAGCAAGCGCGCCGAGCGGGCGGCCGACGCGGGGGGCGCAUCCACGUCGGGGGCGUCGCCUGCGGGGGCGGGGGCGGGGCCCGCGGGGGCUGCGGCUGGGCCCGCGGGGGCGGCGGGCGGGGAGCUGCCCGAGCUGUACCGCGUGGGCGAGUGGCUGACGGCGGUGACGCCGCGCAAGGCGCCCUACCAUCCGCAGAUGGGGGACGAGUGUCUCUACUUCAGGCUGGGUCACCAGCGGUACUUCGAGGCGGUGGCUGAGAAGGAUCUGUACAAGAUCAACCCGAGGGAUAAACCGUGGGAGAGGACGCAUAUACACGAGUGCGAGCUGGUGAAGGUGACCGGCAUCAAGUACGUGAUCAAGCCGCCGCGCGUGGCCUGUCUGAGGCUCAGCUGCGCGCUGGAGGGCGGGGGGCGGGGGCGCGCCUUCACGGUGCGCUACCACGACAUGGCCGACGUGAUCGACUUCCUGGUGCUCAAGCAGCAGUACGACCUCGCCGUCGCCAGGCGCUGGGGGCCCGGCGACAGGUUUCGGUGCAUGAUCGACGACGCGUGGUGGUCGGGCGAGGUGGUGGAGCGGGCGGCGCGCGUGGAGGAAGCGGGCGCGGGGGCGGAUGCGGAGGCGGAGGCGGAGGCGGGCGCGUUCUCGGCCGCGGCCGCCGCGCACUUCCUGUCGCUGAAGGUGCGCUGGGACAACGGCGAGGUGGAGAGACUCUCGCCCUGGGACCUCGAGCCCGUCGACCCGGACAGGGUGUCCUCGGAGGCGGGGGGCGCGGUGCCGGUGCUGGCCCGCGAGCUGGAGGCGGUGCUGUACCGCCCCCGCCCCCACGAGUGGCCCCCCGCGGGGCACCGCACGCCCGCCUGCCGCGCCAUCGCGCAACACCUCUCGCAGGUGAUGUCGCUGUCGGUGGCGGAACCGUUCGUGGCCCCCGUGGACCUGUCCCUGUACCCGGAGUACGCGCGCGUCAUACCGUACCCGAUAGACCUGGCCACCGUGCGGGCGCGUUCUACCGUCGCGCGGCGGCGGCGCAGUUCGACGUGCGCUACUUGGCGCAGUAACGCGGAACAGUUCAACGAGCCGCACUCGGCCAUCGUGCGGCAGGCGCGCCUGGUGACGGACCUGCUGCUGCACAUCAUCGGCGCGUGGCGCACCGUGGACGUGGUGGCCAAGUACCGCGAGCUGGCCGCCACGUACCACUCCUCCGACGACGAGCCGCUCGCCCGCGCCGCCGCCGUCAACAGGAAGAACAUGAACGGCGUGGGGGCCAGCGGGCGGGGCGGGGGCGGGGGCGGGGGCUGGGAGGAGUGGUGCGCGCGCGUGCUGCGCGAGCUGAUGGCCUCCGCCGACGCUGAACCGUUCAAGCGGCCGGUCUCGCUGGACAUGGCGCCAGACUACCUGUCGGUGGUGUCCCAGCCGAUGGACCUGGGCACGGUGGAGUCCCGGCUGCGGGCCCGCCGGUACCGCAGCCCGCGACAGUUCGCGCGGGACAUCCGCCUCGUGUUCGACAACUCGCGGCUCUACAACACCAACCAGCGGAGCAGGGUAACCGCACACACGUACACACAUACACGCACACGCACACAAUCGUCCACCGUGUGUCCACAUAACUAA